GUACCUGGUAGUGCCCAGUACCAUGGUAGUACAGGACGUACGAUAGACCACGGAUGGCUAAUCUCAAGAUUGAAGGAUUAAUUGCAGCAACAUUUGCACCUCUCGAUGAUGAUGGCGAAAUCAAUUUGGAUAUAAUACCAAAGUAUGUGGAUCACUUGAUGAAAGAAAAUGUUGAUGGUGUUUUUGUAAAUGGUACUUCAGGAGAAGGUUGCCUUUAUACAGUAGAGGAAAGAAAGAAACUUGCUGUGCAGUGGUUUAACUCAGGCAAAAAUAAGUUGAAGUACAUCAUCAUUAAUGUUGGUUCAGAGUCCAUAAAAGAUACACAAGAACUAGCUAAACAUGCUCAAGAUAUAGGGAUAACUUGUAUUGCUGUCGUGUCSCCUGUUUACUACAAACCACAAACUGCAGAUGCCAUGACAGAUUAUUUGGAACAAGUGUACAAAGCRGCACCAAGAAUACCAAUGCUUUAUUAUCAUAUUCCUAUGAUCACUCAUGUCACAUUUUCUUUGGAGUCAGUUUUCCAUGCUGCACAAGACAAAGUUCCUUCACUUAUUGGGGCUAAAUUCACCAGUAAAGACCUUGGAGAUGUGCAAAGMUGUCUGGACAUUUUUGAUGGAAAAUAUCAAGUGCUUUAUGGAGGAGAUGAUAUGAUUCUUGGUGCAUGUGCGAUGGGAACCACAUCAAGUGUAGGAGUAUCAUUUAACUAUGCUGGUUCUAUAGCAAGAGCUUUAGUYGAUUCAUUCAAGAAAGGUGAUUUAGUCAAAGCCAGAAAACACCAGGCUGAUUUACAAUCAAUUCUUAAAGUGAUUCAAGACAAUGGUAUGUUUGAUUAG